AAUCAUUCGAUAUUCAUGAAUCUUCAUUUUCUGUAUCCAUUCCAGCUUUCCGAGAUUGUGAACAGCUUAUCGCCGCAGGGUCAACUACCGCUAGGUCUAGCUCUUAUGGGUCGUAGCACAGGAAUUGCUCAGACCUUGCUGGAAACAGGCAGAGCGGAUAUUAACGCCUUCACAUCAGACGGCUGCACUCUGUUGAUCGAUGCCAUCAAACGUGGUGACGGAUUCACCGCACAAUUCCUGCUGGACAAGGGUUGCAACAUCGAUCUGGUGACGCGGGAUACCUCGGACACGGCGUUGCAUUUGGUUUGCACCUACGCCGAAAAGUGCACCGACCCGGAGACGUUCCGAGACAUGCUGAUCGUCGGCCGGCAACUGCUCAAACGUCGUGCAGAUCCGAACGUUCAGAACAUCAGAGGAUACACCCCGCUUCACAUCGCAAUCACCUCUCAGCAUAUGGACAUGAUCUAUGAGUUGCUCAGCGACGAGGUGCUAAAUCUGGACACCAACAUUCGCACGCUGGACGAAAAAUGUGCCUUGCAGUUUGCCCUGAUGCCCCCGCACACCGACGGGCCGCCUUUCGAUUUGGCCAGAUUACUGCUGCAGAAGGGAGCUAGACCCAAUCCUAUCAGUUCCGAUAGUGGCGACAGUCUAUUGCACAUUCUGGCUCAGAACCGACUGGAAGAUGCGGCCGUGUUUCUGGCGGAGUUUGCCAAUUUGAACCACGUGAACAAGGCCGGAUUGACACCGCUGCAUGUGGCCGCCUCGCAAGGACUGUCGAACUUGACGCGUGCUUUGCUGGAAAAAGGCGCAUCGCCCAACAUGCAAUCCGUAGUGGCCGAUCUGAAGUCUCCUCUGCACUACGCAGUUGAAGCGAAUGGCGCUGAAGUUAUAAAAGCUUUCAUUGAACACGUGAAAUCCGGGGAUGAUACGGCGGAAAAGAUAAACUUCAAUUUGAAGAAUGCGUUUGGCGAUUCACCAUUUAGUUUAGCGCUUUCAUUAGGAUACAAUGAUCUGGUGCCUCUGCUGAUAAAAGGUGGUGCAGAUGUGAACGCUCGUAACGGACAAGAUAUGACUCUGCUGCAUCAGGCCAUUCUUAAGGAAGACUCAAAGACAGCCGUGUUCUUGCUAAAUCAUGGAGCUGACAUGAACGCUUUGACGGCAGAUCAGGAGUCGCCUCUACAGCUGGCCAUUCAUUGUCGAUUGCCUGAUGUGGUGGAUGUCUUGUGCACCCGUGGAGUAUCCUUCAGUGCACCGGACAACAAGGGUGACUGUCCGCUGUGGUCUGCUUUGGAAUCGGAGCAAUUCGAGAUCGCUUCGGUGUUAGUCAGACACGGAGUUGACACCGAUUGCUGGGGACCCGGUCCUGAAGGAUGCCUUCAAACGCUGCUACACCGUGCCAUUGAUGAGAACAAAGAAACGGCCGCCCAGUUCUUGAUCCGAAGUGGCUGUGAUCUGGAUUCCCCGCGACAACCUGGUCCGCAGGGUCAAGGAGGUGAAGAAGCUAAGGACAAAGCUUCUCCGUUACAUCUGUGUUGCCAGUGGGGUCUGCGAAACGUUCUUCACACGUUAAUUGAUCAUGGAGCGAAUGUCAAUGCCGUUGAUUGCGACCUGAAGACGCCCCUCCACGUGGCCAUCGAAAAUCAACAUGAGGAAAUUAUAGGUAUCCUCUUGUGCCACCCGGGAAUAGACCUUAAAAUACGCGACAAAUCAGGCAACACUCCGUUCGCAGCGGCUUUGCAAGUGAGAAACAACAAAGCGGCUCAAAAUAUUCUCGAAAGACUGCCAAACGCUGCGGAACAAAUGGACCAAAGAGGCCGCAACUUUCUCCAUCUGGCCAUCAUGCGGGACGACCUGGAGUCUGUCCUAUUCCUGCUUUCGAUUCACGUGGAUGUCAACUCUCGCGUGCACGACGUCAAUCAAACGCCUCCGCUCCAUCUGGCAGCCGGAUCCGAAAACGAAAUGCUCAUCAGAAAUCUCAUUUUGGCUGGAGCUCGUCUCAACGACCGGGACGCUACCCAGAAAACUGCCCUCCACGUGGCUGCGGAACGCGGUACCAUCGGAGCGGUUUCUGCACUGCUCCAGAACGGUGCCGAUUUUGACGCCGUCGAUGGUGAUGGUAACAAUGCCCUCCACAUUGCCGUUCGCGAAGGCCACAUAGCCGUAGUCCGCGAGCUGCUGACCGAGUCCGAACUGAACGCCGAAGUGGUCAACAUGAAGGGCCGGAACCCUCUCCAUGAGCUCUGCCGCUGCGGGAAGGAUAAUACAGCUGCGGGAAUCCUAGAGCUGUUCCUGGAAUGCAUGCCAAAGUAUCCUAUCAAUACAACCGACCUGCAAGGGAACACUCCGCUCCUUCUAGCGUACAUGCGAGGACAGGCACAGCUCUGUCGGAUUCUAGUUAAGAACGGCGCUUGUCUGGGCGCAGAGAACAAGGAAGGUCUGACGAUUUUCAACUUUAAACUGGCCACCAAUCAGCUGUUGCACCGGUUGUUGGACGAACUACCGACGGAAUCUCCGUGGGCGUCGUCGGAGCUGUGCCAGGAGUGUGGAACCAAGUUCACCAUGACCAUGAGGAAACAUCAUUGUCGUCACUGCGGUCGGAUCCUGUGCAGCCGGUGUUCCAACAACGACGUUCCGAUUAUCAAGUUCGGAAUCAACAAACCGGUCCGGGUGUGCUGCGUUUGCUUCGAAGUGCUGCAAGUCGGCAGCGGGGCGUAAGUUUCUUCACCAAACUUUUAAAACUGUUUUUCUUUUCUUUUAUCAAAUUUCACCUUGUGUAACAAUAACGAUGAUAGACGGACGAUUCAAACAGCAUAUUUUGAUUAGCUAUCACUUUUGUUGUAACUGCAUAAUGUCCUUUUUUUUGCUUGAACCAGAAUCAGUUCGGACGUUCGAUAAGGCAAAGCUAGAAAGUUCUGCAUUAUUUUGACUGCAGCUACGUACCUACAUACAUUGCUGACUUUAUCUUUCGAUUUCGCGUAUGGUAACUGUACGUACAUAUUAUGAUCACAUAUGCAUAUACUCGAGUAUUUAUAAUUGUAAAACAAUUUUCAAACAUUCGCAUGUUAUAAUUACAAUGCAAAAUGCAAUAAGUUGUAAA